ACCGCCCCCAUAGUAUCCCUGACCCUCGUCGCACCCCACCGCGCCUUCUCUCGUUUCUGUUUACCUUGCGGACAUUCACUCGCUAAUCGUCCGCACCUUCCUCCGCAAUCACACUUCACUCACUUACCGUCCUCGACACCAAGCUACCGCCGUACACCGCGCCAGACCCGCCGCGACCCGAGCGACACCACACGUUUCAUAAUCCGCGAUCAUGGGCUUCGGCGACUUCCAGACGAUAUGCGAAAAGGCACCGAUACCACUUUGCGCGCUUGUGGGUCACCAGGAGAUCAACGAUGGUGUGGGCAUCCAGACAGAGUGCUAUGCGCGCACAAUUGAGAUUGCGAAUACCCUCAUUUUCGAGGCGGCGAACGACUUCAUGCACAUCUUGGCCAUGAUCAUGACCGUCGUCAUGAUUAUCCAUGUGCGCUCCAAGUUCACGGCUGUCGGUCGCAAGGAAAUCACAUCCUUCUUCUACAUCUACCUCCUUUUGACCAUCAUAUCGCUCGUCCUUGAUGCCGGUGUCGCUGCUCCUGGUUCUGCCGCCUACCCAUACUUCGCCGCCGCCCAGAACGGCCUCGUCUCCGCGCUAUGCACCUGUCUGCUGAUUAACGGCUUCGUCGGUUUCCAGCUCUACGAAGAUGGCACUACACUCUCCGUCUGGCUUCUCCGUCUCUCUUCGCUUGCCAUGUUCAUCGUCGGCGGUGCUGUGAAUCUCUUGACCUUCAAGGGCUGGGCUGGACUGGAACCUGGCAACCCAGUCGGCAUCUUCGUCGUUACCUACAUCGUCAACGCCAUCUGCCUCUUUGUAUAUACCGUCAGCCAGAUCAUCCUGGUUGUCGGAACACUAGAAGACCGCUGGCCACUUGGUGAUAUCUCAUUCGGUAUCUUCUUCUUUGUCAUCGGCCAGGUCAUUCUAUAUGUCUUCAGCGACACCAUCUGCGAUCAGGUUCAACAUUACAUCGACGGCCUCUUCUUCGCCACUAUUUGCAAUUUGCUUGCUGUCAUGAUGGUCUACAAGUACUGGGAUUCCAUCACUCGCGAAGAUCUCGAAUUCUCCGUCGGCGUCAAGCAACACAAUUGGGAGGUCAAGGAGCCUUUCCUCGAAGAGGACAACAAGCGUGGCACCAUGUACCAGGACUCCGACUAUGCACCAUCGCUAUACCAGCAACCGUACACGCGCAACUCGCACUAUUCCGCCGUCGGCCACUAAGCUCACGACAACAUCCCGCUUUAUUUUACUUUCGAUGAUACAUGUUUUGCGCAUACCAUUUUACGGCAUUGGGUGGAGUUAUGGCGCAUAUCAGCUUCGGCAAAAUGCUUCAGCACUGUGUUGCUUCUUGUGACAGCCUCUGGAAUAUUGGAGGAACUGGGAACUGCAAAAGCACUUGGUAAUGUGCUAAUAUGCCGUCUUUUGCAGACGCGAUCAUGACAUCUUAGCGCUUAUAUAGUAAUAUCAACUUUUUAAACCUUUCCGAA